CAACGAGAACAACAAAGACGAUUGCAAUUGAGGAUGGCUAUCAACUACGUCCUCCUCGUCUCCCGCCAGGGAAAGGUCCGAUUGGCAAAAUGGUUCACGACCCUCUCCACAAAAGACAAGGCAAAGAUCGUGAAAGAUGUCACACAACUUGUGUUGUCGAGACGUACGAAGAUGUGUAACUUUCUUGAGUACAAGGAUUCCAAGAUUGUCUACAGAAGAUAUGCCUCCCUAUUCUUCAUCACCGGCAUCGACUCAACCGAUAACGAACUCAUCACGCUCGAAAUUAUUCACCGUUACGUUGAAGUCUUGGAUAGAUACUUUGGUAACGUCUGUGAACUCGACCUGAUCUUCAACUUCCAGAAAGCGUACUAUAUUUUGGACGAGUUGAUUAUUGCGGGAGAGAUGCAGGAGAGUAGUAAAAAGAGUGUUUUGAGGAUUAUUUCGCAGAUGGAUGCGAUGGAGGAGGUUGAGGGUGAGGAGGAGAGUAUGUCGAGGUAGGUUCAUGAAAAUGAGUUGCGGGGCAUUUGCUAACUGGACAUACAGGCUGAUGGGUGUGUAAGGACUAUGAUUUUUAGCGAACGGCUUGCUUCGCGUGUGUGGCUUC